ACCCUAAUUUAGGCUGAACGGAUGCUAGGUAGGAUGCAAGGGACCUUUUCAAGUCCAGUCUUCUGAUUCUGCUGGGAAAUAAGUCUCUUGUUUGUUUUGUCUUCUAGUUGCUUCAAAUUGCCACGUGAGAAGAAGAACCAAGUCUAGGAGGAGGGUCUUUGCUUAAAGUUGUUACUGGAAAAAUUGGCUUUUAGCACUUAUUGAACUUCAAGUCCACUAUAGCAGUGGUAGUCCUGGAAGCUGAAGGCAGCAAUUAUGUUUCCUGUUGCCUUCUCUUUCCGCCUUCUCUUUCCACCUUCUUUGCAGGCUACACAAAUCGAUCUCCGGGGCUUUCCUGCUCUGUGCUGUAUUCCAAGCCGCUGAUUGACUCUUCUGCUGAUAGGCCUUUGAAAAAUUUCACUCUUGUUUUAACUUUCUUCCUAUAAAUUGCUGUUUUUAUUGAAUGUCUUUGUCCAGCUUACCUCCUGCAAGGUGUACUAUUCACUUUUCAGAUCAUGAUUUGCUAUUUCAUACCGUUAUCAAAAUACUACCCUUUUUAAUAGAUGAUACUUAAUGAUGUAUGCCAUGAUUUGUCUAGCAGUUGAACAAAUAGAUCGGUAGAGAAGAACAGCGUAAUUUCUGGAUCUGUCUUGAGCUACAGUAUAAGAACUUGAAGGCUACAGAUAUAAGAAUGACUGAACUGGUAUUGUGAACCAGUUGGGAGCCUACUUUUGAAUGUAAGGUAGAAUCCCAUGUGUUAAGUCAGGAGAUUAGGUAGUGCAGCACUUGCGCUCUGUAUUUAAUGGCUUCUGAAUUAUGUGACAGUAAAUGACAUCACUACAGCUCUAUUUUAGUCUCUUGAUGGAGGUUCUAUCUAUAGCAAAAAUGCUCUAAAGACCUAUAUUGUAUGCCUAUCUUUUGAUAAUCCUCAGUUAAAAAGUAUUACAGGCACUUCCAGCUGCCUAUUGGGUGGAACAUAAAAGCUUUAGAAACAAGCAAUACAAUGUAAUAGUUUGUGGUCCUGAAGUUUUACUCUGGAAGUGUGAAACUGUAGUGUGUCCUCACUAAGGUACAAAGCACAUGAUUCUAGGCAAAGUCUCUGAGGCAAGCUCUGUUAGCUUAAAUGAGAAAAUUACUGCAUGGCUUUCUUCUAUCAAAGAGAUUAAAAGGAAGCUAAAGGAUGCAAAGAAACGCAAUCAGGACUUUAUGAGUAUAAAAUCUUCGGUGGUCUUGCUGACUGUCCCCCAAAACUGUGUGCAGAUGUCUAUAUGGACCUAGAUUUCAGAAAACAAUGGGAUCAGUAUGUUAAAGAACUACAUGAGAAAAUAUAUGAUGGUGAAAAAGUAAUCUACUGGGAAGUGAAGUACCCUUUUCCUCUCUCAAACAGAGAUUAUGUCUAUAUUCGUGAAUGUCGAGAGAUGGAUGUUGAUGGGCGGAAGAUCUGGGUUGUGUUAGCUCAAAGUGUGUCUGUUCCUCAGUGCCCUGAAAAGCCUGGUAUUGUCAGAGUUAAAAGCUAUAAACAAAGUCUGGCAAUUGAAAGUGAUGGCAAGACUGGAUCUAAAGUCUAUAUGUACUAUUUUGAUAAUCCUGGUGGCAUGAUUCCAUCAUGGCUGGUCAACUGGGCUGCCAAGAGUGGUGUGCCUACUUUCUUGAAGGAUAUGCAAAAAGCUUGCCGUAAUUAUUCUAAGAAUAUGUAGGUCAAAGUUGAUCUUAGUUGUUUAACUCAUAGAGCUCUGCACUUACAGGAGUGACUACUGUAUAUUACACUGGAUAAAAUCUACCUCUAAUAUUGGAAAGAUUUUUAUUUUACUUGGUUUAUGCCUUGAAUUUUAUUAGAUCUUUGUUUCCAUCUCCAACUGAAGAGCUACCCACUGACAAGGUAAUACCAACAUCAGCUGCAUCCUCUAGAAAGUACUUAAGUUUAGCCUUGUCCCCCAUGCUUUGCUUAUGCUGAUUGUAAUGUGUCAGCUAGAGGAAUUCCAUUGAUUACAUCCUUGAACAACAAACAAUGAUCUUGCUAGGAAAAACGUCUGAACUUGGACUGAAAAUUCUCUGCAUGUUAUUAUGCCUGGAUCUGCCUUUGUGGCCUUGCAGGGUGGCUUCCUACUGAAAUUGAAUAAUGGAACUUGCAUUGCUUAGGAGGAAACACUUUUGCUACCCAAGUUUGUAAUUGUAAACUGUCUGCCUGCUACAAACCUAAAAAUGCUGAGGGCAUAUAGGUAAAUUACGAGAAGUCUGCAGUAAGAACCGGAACUCUGUGUUACUAAGCUUCCUUGUGAUAGCUUUAAGUCCAGAUAUAAAAGGACUUGUGCCUAAAGCCUUGCAUUCACAUCUCAAUAUCCCUAAACCAGUAGCUCUGUCCAGCUAGUAAAAAAGGAGGAGUUGGCUUCCAUGUCUGAUUUAAGGGUAGCAAGUUAUAUCUUCAGAGUCAGUAGCUUUAUCUAUAAAGCAGCUUGGAUACCAACUUUAAACUGGAAGUAAUUUUAAAGGGCAUGCCUGCAACUAAAUGUGAAUGAACUUGAUGUGAAACUUUGGCUUGCUUGCAUUUUUAAAUUUC